AUGAAUGACCAUGACCGAGGUCCACAGGACCUUAUCAAGCUUACCCAUGACAAGCUCUCAGCUGGUGCUGUAUCUGAAGAUGUGUUGUGUGCUUCUUGUGGAGCUGUCUCCAUGUUCAUUGGCACCACUAGGAACAAUUUUGAAGGAAAGAAGGUUGUUCAACUUGAAUAUGAAGCUUACAUUCCAAUGGCAGAGUCACAACUGAAGAAAAUAUUCAGUGAGAUAAGGGAACGAUGGUCAACCAUUAGACACAUCUGUGUUCAUCACAGACUGGGUGUUGUCCCGGUAACAGAAGCCAGUGUCAUCAUCGCCAUCUCCUCCCCGCACAGGAGUGAGUCUCUGGAGGCAGUUGCGUAUUGCAUCAAUGCACUGAAAGCAAGUGUGCCCAUCUGGAAAAAAGAGGUCUAUGAAACUGAAGAUUCCACUUGGAAGGAGAACAAGGAAUGCCUGUGGGCUGAGGGGGUGCUCAAGUAAUGAUGGGUGGUGUCAACAACAGUCAGUCCCGGAAUUCCAUUUAUCCACCAAUAUAAUUGUAUAUUAGCAAUCUGUUAUCGAUUUUACCACUGUUACCUUAUUAAAACAGUAAAACGAUUACCAGUUUGUUUUGAAUUGAAUGUGAAUAUGUGUGCACUGUGCUCUACUUUUUCCCAAGUGGAACACAGAAACUACAUUAAAAAUAGACUGUUCUGUGCCAGUUUGAACAUGAAAUAAAACGAACAAGAAAUAAGA